CAAAGAAAAGUCCAAGCCAACACACCAACAACACAACAGUAGUAAUUGCACAACUGCCAAACAUUUAACAAUAUAGAUAAAACUCGUGAUUAAUAAUAAUAAUACAAAUAAUAAUAUAUAUAUAUAAUAAUUUAUUAAAUUAUCAUUAUCAUGAAUACAACCUCUCCGGAGACAUCCACCUCUCCACCACCAAUAAUACUCUCCAACAGUCAUGAUUCCAACAAUAUUAUUAACACAACAAACCCCACUUCAAUAGAAUUGGCUUCAACUUCAUCAUCUCCUCCACUACAACAACAACAACAACAACCAACCACUCAACAUCAACAAUAUCAAUUUACACCACCGAACACAAAUACAUUCAUUACCAACAAUCCUAAUAAUCCCAACAAAACAAAUGGAGGAACAAGUAUCACUGGUAAUAGUAGUAAUAAUAUUAAUAAUAAUAGUAAUGGAAAGAAACAAGUUACGAUUCAAUCUGGUAGUGCUGUGAAUGGUAAUACGAAACUUGGACAAUCUCAAGUAGGUUUUGGACAACCAAGUGAAAGUGGUAAAUCAGGUAGUUCAUUUAGUCAGAGUAAAAUUACUUUACGUACAUGUUGUGGUGUGGUUGAGUUGACUUCAAUGAAAUUGGCUUGUUUAUUGGGAAUGUUGGUUACUGUUAUUGGUUUGUUGGUUUUGGCAGGUGUUGCAAUUGCUGCAUUUGCAACUGCUAGUACAAAGGCAACUGAUAUUUUAAUUGCUGUUGGAAAGGUCACUUCUCUAUUCGAAAGUUCAAAUGCUGUGGUGUUGAAACAUGUCUAUACAGGAUAUGUUGAUGAACCAAGUCACUCAGCUGUGAUUAAUGAAUUUAAAAACAAGACUGCUGACAUGAAAUCAACUUUACUUUUAAUUUUCAAAACNUGUGGAUGA